AUGGCCGGCACGCUGCAGUGGAUGGCGCCGGAGCUCCUGGCGGGGAGCACCGACUACUACCUGGAGGUCGACGUGUACGCCUACGGCAUGCUGCUGUUCGAGAUCAUGUGCUUCGAGCCGCCCUUCGCGGACGUGGGGGCCGCGGAUGUGCAUCGGCUUGUCCUGGAUGACGGCUGCCGGCCCGAGGUCGACGCAGACCCGGCGCUGGCGCCCCUCGAGGGGCUGGCGCGGGCGUGCUGGGCGCAGGAGCCCGGCAGGCGGCCCAGCUUCGCCUUCCUGGUCGACGCGCUGGGUGCGAUGCAGCACGGGUGCGGCCACGGCGACGCCACCAAUUUUUAG